AUGUCCGGUGAGAAAAGGGUCUUGAAAAAAAAGUCUCACGUCCCUACCCCUAAUGGUUUCGUUCUCCAACUUUGUGGUCGCGAUGCACUGUGGAUUGUAAACAAAAUGGCCGGAGCGGAAAGAAGGCUGAGACUCAAGGUUUAUCUGGAUGAAAGGCAGAAAGUGGCAGAAAUAUUUGUUACACAAGUGACAAAAUGCAAAGAUAUAGUGCAAAGGUUACAACGACAGAUCCAGGAGACUGAUUGCUAUCUAAUAGAAGUGUGGCAAGGAUGUGAACGUCUUGUUCCUGAUAGUGAGUCAAUCUUCAGUACUUUACUUGAAUGGGGAAGCGAUCUGGAAGAUGUGAAGUUUUACCUGCGACCAAGGGAGGAGAUACCAUCUUACUCACAAGCUGUUAAUGGAUCAACAAGUCAAAGGGUUAAUGGUUUUAAAGAGGAAACACCACUUUCACGAGAUGUGCUUUUAGGCGGGAAUAGAAUAUCAAUUAGUGAACUGAAAGAAUUCGCCGCCAGACAACAGCAGGAGAUUGCAGCUAAAGAAAAAGAACUUAAAGCAAAGCAGGUUCAGUUUAUUGAAAUGAGGCGAAAAUUACAGAACAAACCUCAGAAUCCAUCUGUGCAGCAGUUGUCGGCUAAAGCCGAUGAGCAGGAACAACGGCUAAGAGAAUUACGCCAUGCGCAGGAUCAAACAGAUUCUUAUAAACUAAGCAAUGGUGCUUUGGAUCACGUCGUGAAUGGGGUCACUUCAUCCACAGACGAACCAGACUUUUUGGAGAUGGACUACAGUAGUCUAAGGACCUUCUCGAAACGACAGCAUAAAACGAACAACGCCGAGUCUAAAAGCGGAACCGGAAAUUCUGCUACUAGUUCCGGUUCCUUUCGCAGGCGCGGUCGCAACGGCAGAAAAUUAGAAACGUUGCUUGAAGUAGAAGAGGAAGUUUCUGACGGUCACGCAAGUAAUAAAUCGUCGACGGAAGACCUAACGCAGGGACCAGGUCCACCCAGAGCGUCACGCGUGACAGAGUUGAAAUCACGUUUUGAAGCAGAAGGCGUGACGUCUGCAAAGAUGGUAAAUCGGUCUCCUAGUCCUGCUCGUCGCGUGGACCCCGAAGGAGUUGAAACACCUCCUAAAAUGGCUGGUGUCGACGGUUUGCAUUCAGUUAGUGAAAAUCGAUAUUACAAUGGAAGAGAUUUAUUUGACUAUUCUUCCUUGAAGUCAAGACCUUCUCAUGUAAACGAGGAGGAACAGAUCUCCACUUCAAAAGAGGGGGCCCUUGAAGUUUCACCUUCGUCAGAAGCAAAACCUGAACCAGCACACAAUGGCACGGAGUGUUCGAGUCCUAGUGAUGGAGAAGAUUUUUCUGGACACAGUUCUCCUUUGUCGGUUGCGUCUUCGUCCUCUUCUUCAUCAAAUUCGUCUACUUCCAAAGCUGCAGUCUUUGCAAUUACGGGCGUUGUGAAGAAGACGGGGAACUUUGCGCCCCAAUCAGAGAAGCCGCAGUCCCAAUACUCAGAAUCAUUUUCGCCUCAACGCUUCCCCCAAGGACUUUCGUAUUCAAACAAGUUUGAAAAUUCUAGAGCUCAGCCAGAGCAGCCAGUAGGUGAUGUUUUAACGCCUAAGAGUGACGAUGGAGAUUUUCCAUUGCAAGCUCGCCUGGUUAAAUCAGAAGGGUUUUCAACAAAAAAUGAAAAUAUUGGCACCUCAGCACAACCGACGGUGCUUGAUUUUUCAAGAUCAAGAAUGAAACCCCAACAACCAAUACAUGAAAGUGUUCAGAAUAACCAAAUGAAUGGUAGGAAAGUCGAACAAAAGUUUUCCAGUCCACCUGAAGUAAAAUCUUUAGCGACCAAACUUGAACAAUUCAAUGCAAGGAGUGCAAAACCAGCUACGGGUGCACAAAUUGGAAGCGAUAGAGGAAACGUUUCCAAACGGACUGAGCUGAAAUCUACGGAUUCUUCGGUUAAAUCUGGAAAGAUACAGUUGUCACGGCUUCGGUAUUCGACGGGCACUUCAGUAAACAGCGCUCUGCCGCAACAAAUUGUGAUGGAAAACAGCGAAUCAGAAAAAAACGUGAAGGAUCUAUCGUCAAAACGAAACAAGGAAACAGCCUUGAUGGAUGCUUCAGGGGCAAAUAGGAUGGAAAAUUCAUCGCAUGCUUCGCUGCAACGGUUAUCGCAAAACUCUAUCCAAACAAAUGGCCAUGCUGAGAAAGAAGAUUCGGUGGCGUCAAUUAACGAUUUUGGACGCUCAAGCGAAAAGGAAAGAUCUGAAAAAACUUCAAACCGAAACGAUGAAACUGAUAGCUCAAGAAUGUUCUAUGAAAAACAAAAUAAUGAUAUCUUGCCUGUGGAUGAUACGCAAACCCCGCCAUUAGUAUUUCGACCAAUAUCUUACCGCGCGAAGAAGUCAGCUGGUUUGCAAAGUAGCGUCAGUACAUCUGCCGAUCGAUCCGAACUCGGUUCUGCGAUUUCUAAUUCGGUAUCCAUUCGUGGCAACUCGUCUUCGCUUACGAAGAUAACGGUAACGCCGUCUGCUUCGUAUUAUAAUGCGAGAGAUUCGAACAUCCCCGAGCAACGUUCGCCUGUUCCGACGAGUAAACGAUCUAGGUUUAUGUUUCACAGCGUGACUCCUACUUCAUCCGAGGGUGACACUUUACUCGGUGGCACUUUUAACGAACAAGAACGCAAGGAAUUCGGAGACAAUGGAAAUUCAGACAAGGAAACUGGACUCACAAAUACACAGAUUAAUAACCAGGCACGAGAAAACACAGAUGCUCUCCUAAAUUCCAAACAAGUCGUUUCUUCAUUCAAUAUACAGCUAUCGAGUCGGAGUCAAAAAGCGAAACAAGGACUGGAAGAAAUUUCUUCGCCUGAGAAAAUUAGUAAAUCAGAUCAAGGGAAAGAAAAUAAUAAAUCUUCGGAACUUGUCUCAUCAAGAAGGAAAAUCUUCGAAGGUAAAGAGCUUAUUGUCGAAAGUGGUCGACCCAGUUCCAAAAAUGAACAAACUAACUCCGAAAGAGACCGAGUACCUCCCGAAAUCGGGCCGUUUUAUCACGACAAUGGUAAUUUAAAACCCGAAAGUGGUCGACUUAGCUUCGGAGUUGGUAGACCAGAUGUCGAAAGUCUUCGAUUAAGUCGGAAAGGAGAAAGUGAGGAAACGAAUGAAAACACACCGAUAGAUUUAUCUUCCGAACUUUCAAUUUCUCCGAAUGCAAAUCUUCCCGAUGUUACCAGAGUUGGUUUUCAGAAAAGCCAACUUGAACAAGCACGUUUUUCCAAAACUACGUUAUCUUCUUCAGAAGAUGGAAUCCAUGGGUUCAACGCUGAACUGAGGCCAAAGGAUUCACAUGAUAAAAAUGACACUCUUUCAGGAACCAAUCAAGGUUUAAGAGACCUGGAAACAAAGGACCGGGUAACAGUUCAAGAUUUCCCAGUUGAUAUCAAUAAUAUUAACACAGUGACACCCUUGUCUGUAAACGGAGAUAUAGGACUCGGUAGUCAGUCGAAUAACUCCUUAUCAGAACUCGUCCAAGAUAAGCGGAAUAUUGAUGAUACCUCAAAGUUCGCGCUCGUGAAUGGAGAUGUACUUAAAAAUUCUCCAGAAAACUUGUCCAGCGAUUCUACGGAAAGUGCCGCUACGCCUGCGCAGAAGAUUUCUAAAAAGAAGAAGCCGAGGCGCGUCAGCCUUGACCCUUAUGCUGUAUUACUGGACGCUGCAGUUGAGGGGGAACUGGAUCUAGUAAAGCUAGUCGUUCGUGAGGUGGAUGAUCCCAGUGAACCGAACAAUGAUGGUAUCACAGCCCUUCACAAUGCUGUUUGCGCAAGUCACGAUGAAGUGGUUAAAUUUCUCGUGGAAUUCGGUGUGGAUAUCAACUCACCAGACUCGCAUGGAUGGAGUCCACUUCACUGUGCAGCUGCCAACAACGCCACAGAAAUGGCUCGCUUCCUAAUUGAACAUGGCGCGUGUAUUUUUGCUGCUACUUCACUAGAGAAGAAAACUCCCAUGCAGUGUUGUGAACGGGGUGUACCCGAUUACUUUAGCUGUAUGAAAUAUCUGAAUGAUGUUCAGGAAAACUUCGGACUCGUUAACGACGGUCGGGUUUACGCACUCUACACCUACACAGCUGAAAAGGACGACGAGUUGAGCUUCGAAUGCGGCGAAGAAUUACUGGUACUGACGCGGGGAGAUGAGACCGAGAAGGAAUGGUGGUGGGCCCGGAACAACUGCGAGGAGACUGGGUACAUACCGAGAAAUUUACUUGGGUUACGCCCCAGAAUUUCGCCCGUUUGACGAGGCAAAAGAAACGCUAAUCUAAAGAAGGAGAACUUAUGUGCACGAAAUACAGUCAAAGACUAAAACAAGCUAGAACAUAUUUGGGGGAACAUAACUUAUAUCACAAAAUUCUUUUCAAGAUUACUGCUAAAAGCCAUGAAAGAGGUUGUGCCUCAAAAUCUGAUUAGAAAACAGUGAGUGGUAAACUGUAUCAGUAACUUAAUGAUAAUAGUGUCUUUACAUGCACAAAUAGCAAUUUUUUUUUCAAGGCCAGGUAGUAGCAGAUUUGUCAUUCUGUUUUGGAUCUAGCGUUGAAUCACUUUCGAAUAUUUAUAGAAAUAGUGGCUAUUUAUUUUUUAAAGAAGUAGAACUUAAUAAGAUUCUUUUUCACAUCAACAAUAGUUCAAAACACAAGCAUAAUUUUUUAGUAAUGGUAUUUGCAGAAAUAUAUAUUUAAAUGAUAUUAUUAAUGAGUAUGCAUAUUUCAUAUAUUUGAGCACUUUAUGAUGGGUGACAUGAUAACAAAAACCUAAUAAUAAAUAUGUUGAUAAUUUAUCUUGGACAAAUUUAGGUUUCUGGGAAAUCAGAGCUUAAUGAUAGCCAAUUUCAGAAUAGUUUAUAUAACUGAGUUUCCAAGAUAGUGAAAUUUGUUGCAAUGUCAACUUACUAGAAAAAGGUACAUGAUUAUAUCAUUGAAAAAUCAAGUUUGUGAUUUCAUUGUCAAAUGUUUUUCUAAGACUUGAAUCAACAGUUUUUGUGAAAGAAAAAUUUAUUUAACUAAAAUUAGUGGCUUAGGUCUAUAAACAUUAAAUUAAUAUAUAAAUGCA